AUGUUUCCAAAACUUCAGACCCUUGCUGUCAUCUUGACAGUCCUCGAGGGCACGUCCUCGGUUCUUCAAGGACAGCCCAGGAUCACAGGACCAAACACACAAGCACUCGGCCUUCCACCCAAAACUGCAUCAUUAACAACUACGACAAGGCUCGGGAGUAGCAAAUCAAGACAAUACAGCGAGACAUCGCUAUCGACCCGGCUAACAAACAAGUCCACCACCGUAGCGACAUCCACGGAGACUCCUACCAAAGCGCACGCCACUGUUUCCGUCUCAACUACAAUUACAGAAAUUCCUUCACCUCCCGGCAACAAUGGCACGACUUCUCCCCCGUGUAAUAGCACUGGCGCCCAACACCCCGGCUGUCUAGAGUUCAAGAUCGAGAAGUACAAGGAAUUCCAGACCACUUGGCUCGUUCACAUCACGGAAGACGACAACACGACCUGUAAGUUCAAGAAGCAGUGCAAGGGUUGUCUUGGAGCCGUGGUCAAGUGCACAUCCGGGGUUGUCGUCAAAUGGGCGAACAACCUGGUGUGGUACAACAGCACGAAGCAGGGCAAAGAGUAUCACGCCCGUUUGAAUGACGUCAAGGACCCAAAGUAUGAGUGUGGUGUGUUGUCCAAGUGUAAGGGUUGGCAUCUUAAGACGGGAAACAAUUGCACGUACGAGAAGCAGGAAUUAUUGAUGGUUCACGAUCGUGUGGAAGAGUACACAACCUAUGCAUAG